GGUAUGAGACAUGCAGGACAGGUAUGAGAAAGGUGAGAUAGGUAUGAGACAUGUGGGACAGGUAUGAGACAUGCGGGACAGGUAUGAGACAGGUGAGACAGGUAUGAGACAUGUGGGACAUGUAUGAGACAUGUGGGACAGGUAUGAGACAGGUAUGAGACGUGGGACAGGUAUGAGACAGGUAUGAGACAGGUGGGACAGGUAUGAGACAGGUAUGAGACGUGGGACAGGUAUGAGACAGGUAUGAGACGUGGGACAGGUAUGAGACAGGUGGAAACAGGUGUUGCUAAGAUGAACACGCUGACCGUCGGCCCACCUGCAGAGCCACACCUGGUUACCACGGUUACCAAGAUGCGGAGCAGCGCUGCAGCAGGGACAGACGUCCACUCUGUCUGCAGAACCCACAGGCCCACCCUGGAGACCAGCAGGACCACCGGAGGAGGCAGAACCAACCCUGCAGGACCGCAGGAGGAGGAGGAGGAGGAGGAGGAGGCAGGGCUGAGAGGAGGAGGAGGAGGAGCAGACCUUCACCUGAACCUGCUCCUCUUCAGCUCUGAUGAAGAAGAACCUCUGCUGAGCAGAGAGCAGCUUCCUGCUCAGACAGAACCUCCUGUUCCUCAGAACCGGGCCGGAGGACCAGGAUCCAACUCCAACAACAACAACAACCGUCCGUCUGGACCAGAACCACCUCCUGGGAUCAGGGGACCUCCUGGUCCACUUUCAGAUCCUGAACCGAGGAUUUGGUUCUGUGGUCCAGCAGCCCUGCAGACCCCCCACACCACCUGUGAUGGAGGCUUCGGUACCGGUCCAGAACCUGGUCCACAUUCAGCAUGUCCUGAACCACCAGGACUCCAGAUCUCACAGGAACAGAACCCAGCUCCUGAACCUCUGACAUCAAGUCUGGAUCAGAAACCAGAACCUCAUCCAGGAGCUCCAGAACCUCCAUUUGUUGACCCUGCAGCUCCAGGAAGUCCAACUGUAAAACCUGCAGAACCACAGAUACCCGGUCCGCUGCAGGUCCAGUUGAGACAGAGCAGAACCAGGAGACCAGAGCGUCCCAGCUCCCUGGACCUGUCCUCAUCCUGCUUCUCCUCAGGAGGGUCUUCUGUGCCGGACCCUGGCAGUCUGAGCAGCACCGGGGACAAGAUCAGACGGCGGGUGAAGACCCCGUACACCCUGAAGAAGUGGCGUCCAGCCUCCUGGGUGCUUUCUGCAGACCUGGCUCUGGAUCUGGACCUGGAGAUCAGCUCCACCAGCAGCGGUCAGAUCCAGUUCUCCUCUAGUCCCCACAGAGCCCGAGGACUCAGCCUGAACCAGUCCAGGUCCAGCAUGGCCGUCUUUCUGGUUGGAGGAGGAGCCACGGCCACCACGACCUCUGACCCUGACAAGAUGACCCGCUUCUAAUGGACUCCAGGUCCUGUUGGACUCUGACCCCCCAUCAGAAGUGGGUUUUUACUGAAACAUAGAGACUGAGCUGAGGUGUGGUCAGCAGGGGGCGCUGUGGGCUGAACAUCCAUGUUUCAUCUGUGGAUGAUUGUUCCUGGCUCAGAUCCUGGCUCAGAUCCUGGCUCAGAUCCUGGCUCAGAUCCUGGCUCAGAUCCUGACUCAGAUCCUGACUCAGAUCCUGGCUCAGAUCCUGGCUCAGAUCCUGGCUCAUCCUGACUCAGAUCCUGACUCAGAUCCUGGCUCAGAUCCUGGCUCAUCCUGACUCAGAUCCUGGCUCAGAUCCUGGCUCAGAUCCUGGCUCAGAUCCUGGCUCAGAUCCUGUGAUCAUGAGGACCAACAGCUGUUCUUGGUUCUGAUGGAACCAGCUGCAGGUUUUGGACCCUGCUGGACCUCAGCUGUUCAUUAUGAGAUCAGAUUAGUUGUAAACUUGAGUCCAUUUAAACGGAUCUUUCCUCUUUUAUUGAUUUACAGAACAAACCUGCAGAAAACUGCUUCAGAACUUUAUUUUCUUCUGUUUUUAUAAGAAAAUGAUGUUUUAUGACUUUUUGUUUUAUAGAAAGUUUAUAUGAACACCUGUCUGCAGGUGUAGCCUAACCCUGACCAUUUAGCCCAGACCUAACCUAAACCUGGGUC